UAAUAAAGCCAGUUUGCCAAUACAGCUAUAAAGCUAACAUUAACCAGUUUCUCUUAAAUGAAGUCCAACACUUCGCAUGCUUUUAUCGCGUGCCCGCCUGAAGGUGAAACUCUCUCAAAACGGAACUGAGUGUCAUUUCAUGGUUUAGACUAUCGUUAAAGAACAGAGAGCUUACGGUCGUCCGCUGGAGACAUGGAUAAAUUAAAACCUUUACUCAGCUUCACACAGAAACAGCAGACCAACUUAGGAUUCGGAUUGAUUGCUCUUAUAACUGCGGGUAGCGAGCACAUCUUCUCGGUCUUUGCUUUUAAGUGUCCUUGCAAUGAUUGGAAUUUCGUUUAUGGCAACGUCUGCCUCCUCGUGCCCGCGCUUGCGUUGCUCAUCUUAAGUUACAUGCUGAGCAAUAAAACAUGGAAACUGUUCACAGGCCUGUGCCUUAGGAAAUCGAAGCUAUGUCGUUUCAGAUACGUGAUUGGCUUCCUGUGUGUUUUUCUUCAAAUCACCACGACGGCGAUGAUCGCUCCUCUCAGCUGGAUCGCGGUGGCUCUGCUCAGAGGGGUGUAUUUCGAGUGCUCAAUGACCGGCGCCAACUUUACACUUUUUAGGCGUCACCUUUGCAACGAAAAGUUUCCUCACUGCCGGACAGAGUUGGAGAAGUUCCCUUGUGAUGGAACUGCGAUUCCUCAGAGCGAGAGAGCAGCUGUGCUGUCCAUCAUACGCGCGGAGUCACAGGUACUUGGUUGGAUCCUGAUAGGUUCUGUGAUGACAUUCACCUUUCUGCUCACGUGCAUGGCCAGAUGCUAUUCUCCAAUCAGCUACAUGCAGCUGAAGUUUUGGAGGAUGUACACUCAGAAGGAGAGUGAGUUUUUGGACAGCUAUACGGCUCAGCAUGCCGAAAAGCUUGCGAAGAGAAACCUUACAAGUUUCUUUGAUUUAACCAAGCCCAUUCUCAUGAAGAGCCCACCUAGAAAGGCCUGGGAGAAGAUCUCCUCCUUUUACAAAUAUCGAAGCAUGGACGAAUACUACAGCACCCUGCACAAGUAUGUGUGCACUUGUGAGGACCUUGAAAAUCCAGGAGCACGGCCUUCAGUGAGGUCUGAAAAUGAUUUUUCAAACCCAGCAGCAAUUGCAUUUGUGGAUGAAGGCAAAUUAGUCAUGUCCUGACAGCUUUCCAUGCUUGGGCAUAAACAGAGUGCUUGCUUCUGUUCACUGUUCUUCUAGUAUUGCUACUUUAGCUUUUCUUUUUAAUACUACAACUGUUUGUUUUUGACAUGGGUUGUUUCAUUUUAUUUUUGUCUUUCAAUAUAUCUUUUAGAUUAACAAUAAAAAAAAAAAUUCAGUUGAA